AUGACGCCCCGAUUGGCGCCGUCGCACCUCCUCCACGCCUCCAACCUCGACGCCUUGUCCUCCGUGCUGCCGAUGCUGCUGUGGAACGCUGCGCACCCCAACGCCUCGGCCAUCCGCUCGACGCCCUCGAUCGUGCUGCUGUACACCACCGCCUUGCCGCGUGGUUUCUGCCGCAACCAAUCCCUGACCUCCUGGCAACCGCGCUCCUCGACGGCGCUCAACUCGCCGUCCUCACCU